AUGUCCUUAACGCGCAUUGCUAUUGUGACAGGAGCUGCACAGGGUAUUGGAGAGGCUGUUGCCUUACGCCUCGCUGACGAUGGCCUCGAUAUUGCCAUUAACGAUAUAUUCUCAAAGGAGGAGCAAUUAGUGGCCCUCGUAGAACAGAUCACAGCCAAGGGGAGACGGGCCGUUGCCAUCACGGGAGAUGUUUCUCUAGAGUCGGAUGUGGAGGCUAUAGUUGAUCGGACGGUGAAGGAACUCGGAGGCCUUGACGUGAUGGUCGCAAAUGCUGGAAUAGCGCUGUUCAAGCCUAUGCUAGAAACCACCGUAGACGAUCUUGAUCGACUUGUUGCAGUCAAUAUGCGCGGAGUCAUGUUGUGUUAUAAGUAUGCGGCAUUGCAGAUGAUCAAGCAGGGGCGUGGUGGCAGGAUCAUAGGUGCCUGCUCUGGUGCUGGAAAAAAGGGCGUCGCCAAUAUGGCGGCAUAUAGCGCAAGUAAGUUUGCAGUGAGAGGAUUUACUCAGAGCUGUGCAUUGGAGUGGAGAAAGCACAACAUCACCGUGAACAGCUACGCACCGGGGAGCAUCAUUACUCCCCUGAUUCUCCAUCCCGACGACGCCAUAAACGGGGGACCGGCGUCCACUGCCAAGAAGCUCGCAGGCCUUCCCCUCGACAUCCCCGAUGCAGAGCCAGUCAUCAUUGCCGAUUUUGUCUCGUACAUCGCAAGACCUGAAACUCAUCACAUCACCGGCCAAUCAAUCAACAUUGAUGGCGGACUUUCCUUCGAUUGA